AUGUGCGAGCAAGCGGCGCGCUACUGCAGGGACGGAGUCCAAAAGCUGCUCCAGAAAGAUCAAGCCAAGCUGCGGGCUCAGGACAGCGGCGAACAUACGAAAUCCACUACGAUCAACAGCGAGACCGCGACGGCAGCUCAGCCCGGAAACGGCAGCUCACAGCCCGGAGCCAUAGACGGGCUUGUGCGCUGGAUCGUCACCAAGAUGAGCGACAACAAGAGCAUCUCAACCCGCGAGUACUGCAAAGAGGAGGCGGCGGUAGCGCAGGAGCAGUUCUUCGCCCCGGAGCCGCGGAAAGGCAUCUCUGUUAUCCUGGACAUAUUCCGGAGAGCUGAUAAGGAUGAUGAUGGGAAACUUUCUCUUGAUGAGUUCCAGACCUUUUUCUCAGAUGGGACUCUAAAUGAGGAGGAACUGGAGAAUCUUUUUCAUACCAUUGAUUCUGAUAACACCAGUAAUGUUGACACUAAGGAACUUUGUGACUACUUUGCCAAACACAUGGGGGAGUAUGAAGGGGUCCUUGCAUCCUUGGAGACACUCAACCUUUCAAUCCUCAAAGCCAUGGACUUCACCAAGAAGGUGUAUGAACGAGGAACUAACAUUGACCAGUUUGUGACUCGUUUCCUGUUGAAGGAAUCAGCCAUUCAAAUUCAGUCCUUGCUCAACUCUGUGGAGAGUGCUGUGGAUGCGAUUGAUGAGCAGCAUGGCCCUGCUGGGUCGUACCCCAGUAAGACCAGUCCUCGUGUUCCAGAAAGGCGCUGUGAAGCCCCAGUGCCAGACUACCCACCCAAUAACAGAGUGAAUGCCAGGGACACAAUGAGGAACCUGAAUGUGGGACAAGGACCUGUAGAGGUGAGGAAAGAAGGGUUGGAGAUGCAGAUCAACCGCCUGGCCGAGCUGAUUGGACGUCUAGAAAACAAGACAGUCUGGUUUGACCUGCAUCAGCGGCUGACAGACACUGAUGGUACAGCUAGCGCAUCCCUCUACCUGGUCCGUCAAGAGAUGAAGGUAUCCCAGAAGCAGCUGGGCGAGUUCUGUGAGGCUCUAAAGCAGUAUUUGAAGAACGUCUCUGCCCAGCGGGACUGCUUCCAUGUAACCGCAGUGAGGCUUCCUGAUGGUCUCUCUUUCGUCAUGUAUGAGUUCUGGGAUGGAGAGGAAGAGUGGAGAAGACACCUUCAGAGUACAGCAUGCAAGGCCUUUCAGCACGUGAAAGUAGACACACUGUGCCAGCCUGAGGUCAUGUCCUGUGUUCCUGUACCAGCCGCUUGGUGCAGCCUUAGCAAAGACUGAAUGGAACAGAGCCUGGUGUAGGUGAAAGAGCCUCACCUUACACAUCAAAUCCUACAAUCCUCCUCUUCCUUUCUAUUCAUACACCUUUUCCUACCUUUCCUAUAAAAUCUCUCAAUGGUCCCCCUUUUUCCCUCCAAUCCUCUAUUGGUAACUCUGCUAUCUUUUGUAACUACUUGUUUACA